AUGACAAAACUUUAUAACAAGCCCAAAGAAAUGUCUGAUCUCAUGUCAUCUCAACCAUGGAUCGAUGAAGCCCUGAGCAGCCAAGAUGAGAUGAAAGAAGAGGACAGCAGACAAGCUUCGUAUGGAAUCCUGGCCGGGCUCAAUGAAGAACACGACAGCAUUGAAGAAGAAGAGGAAGAAGAAGAAGAUGGUGGAAAGCCAAAGAGAAGAGGCCCCAAGAAGAAGAAGAUGACCAAGGCCAGACUGGAGCGGUUCAGGGCCCGCCGAGUGAAGGCAAAUGCUCGGGAGCGAACACGUAUGCAUGGGCUCAAUGAUGCUCUGGAUAACCUUAGGCGUGUAAUGCCCUGCUACUCUAAAACUCAAAAGUUAUCCAAAAUUGAGACCCUGCGCCUAGCCAGGAACUACAUCUGGGCUUUGUCAGAGGUGCUGGAAAGUGGGCAGACUCCAGAAGGAAAAGGUUUCAUAGAGAUGUUGUGUAAAGGUUUGUCCCAACCAACCAGUAACCUGGUUGCUGGUUGUCUUCAGCUGGGACCUCAGUCCCUGUUUUUGGAGAAACAUGAGGAGAAAGCCCCUGUUUCUGACUCCGCUGUGCCCACUCACAGUUUUUCCUACCAGUCACCAGGGCUGCCCAGCCCACCAUAUGGAAGCAUGGAGAGCCAUCUUGUCCACUUAAAGCCCCCCACAUUCAAGAGCUUGGUGGAUCCUUCCUUCGGCAACCACCAUCAAGACUGCACAUCUCCACCAUAUGAAGGUCCCUUGACACCUCCUCUGAGCAUCAGUGGGAAUUUUUCUUUGAAGCAAGAUGGUUCUCCAGACCUGGAAAAAUCAUACAGUUUCAUGGCUCACUACCCGUCCGUUACUCUGGGUAGUGCUCACGGGCACACCUCUCAUUUCUCAACUACAGUGCCCAGGUAUGAUAUCCCCAUAGAUAUGACCUAUGACUCCUAUCCUCACCAUGUGGUUGGGGCACAGCUCAAUGCAAUCUUCAGUGAAUAA